CUGGAGAGGAGAGGCGAGGAGGUGCUGGUACAACAUGAGAGGGGAUGUGUGCCACUGAUUGUGAGAGGGGAGAGGGAGAGAGAGGAAUUCUGAACUGUUUAAAUGGGAAUACAGUCUAGAGCGCAGAGAGGAUAAUGAACGCAGACUGAGGGGUGGGAAAAAGUGGAGACAUUUAUUUGACGCACGGGAAAGAAAGGAAGUUGUCAGAGAAAGAAGAAGAGAAGAGGAAGGAGAAAGAGAGAGACGCCUGGGAUUUUCCCCCUCCUAAUGUGUCUCCUUUGACUCUCAUGACUCAGAGAAGAUUCCAGCUGAAUUCAGCCGCUCGGGAGGAAUUGAUGGUGUCUUUUAGAGGAACCGAGCCGAGGGGAGGAAUCUGAACCAUGUCAGCCUUGUGGAUCCUAACUUUGACAGUCGCUUUGAACCAAGUGUGGUGCGUGCGUUUCUCCCAGGAGCCUGCAGACCAGUCUGUGGUGCUGGGGGAACGGGUGGUGCUGUCCUGCGUCGUCUUCAACUACACCGGCAUCGUACAGUGGACCAAGGACGGGCUGGCCCUGGGUAGUGGAGAGGGUCUCAAAGCCUGGCCCAGGUAUCGGAUUCUGCGGGCUCUGGACACCGGCCAGUACAAUUUGGAGAUUUCCAACUCAGAGCUUUCUGAUGACUCUCUUUAUGAGUGUCAGGCCACCGAAGCUGCCCUGAGGUCCAGAAGAGCCAAACUCAAUGUACUCAUUCCCCCUGAGGAUCCGGUGGUGGAGGGAACGCCGGAGCUCCUGCUGAUGGCUGGAAGUCCACACAACCUGACUUGUGUAACCCGCGGGGCCAAGCCUGCAGCACACAUCCAGUGGACCAAGAACGGAGUCCCAGUGGACGGAGCGUACCACUCCACGGAAGUGCUGCCCGACAGGAAGAGAGUAACGAGCAGGAGCUAUCUCCCCAUCACUCCAGUCGACACCGACAGCAGCAGCAAUUUCACCUGUGUGGCCAGCAAUCCAGCAGUGCCGAUGGGCAAACGAGCCACUGUCACUCUCAACGUCCACCACCCGCCCACGGUGACUCUUUCCAUCGAACCUCGCUCUGUCCUGGAGGGUGAAAGGGUCACAUUCACCUGCCAGGCCACUGCCAACCCCCCUAUCAUGGGCUACAGGUGGGCCAAAGGCGGCGUGUUGCUGGAGGGGGCCAGAGAAAGCGUGUUUGUCACCACGGCAGAUCACUCCUUCUUCACAGAGCCAGUGUCGUGUCAGGUGUUUAACGCGGUGGGAAACACCAACGUCAGCAUCCUGGUGGAUGUGCACUUUGGCCCAAUCCUCGUGGUGGAGCCCAGACCGGUGACGGUGGACGCAGACUCUGACGUCACUCUGAACUGCAAGUGGUCCGGGAACCCACCCCUCACCCUCACAUGGACCAAAAAGGGCUCCAGCAUGGUUCUCAGCAACAACAAUCAGCUGCAUCUGAAGUCGGUGAGCCAGGUCGACGCAGGGCAGUACGUCUGCAAGGCCAUCGUCCCCCGCAUCGGAGUGGGAGAGACUGAAGUUACCCUCACCGUCAACGGUCCUCCCAUCAUCUCCAGUGAUCCAGUUCAGUACGCCGUCCGAGGAGAGAGAGGGGAGAUCAAGUGUUACAUCGCCAGCACCCCCCCACCUGAUAAGAUUGUUUGGGCGUGGAAGGAGAACGUGUGGGAGAAGGAGAAAGGUACUCUAAUGGAGAGGUACACUGUGGAGCAGAGUAAACCUCCGUUCCAGGGUGGGGCGGUCCUCUCCACCCUCACCAUCAACAACGUCAUGGAGUCAGACUUCCACUCCCCGUACAACUGCACCGCCUGGAACUCCUUUGGGCCGGGAACCAUGAUCAUCACUCUGGAGGAGACAGAUAUUGUUCCAGUGGGAAUUAUAGCCGGCGGUACAGUGGGCUCCUCCAUUCUGCUGCUCAUGCUUCUGCUGGCUCUCGCCUUCUUCCUCUACCACCAACGCAAAGGCAGUCGUCGUGGUGUCACCCUCGGUAAACCAGACAUCAAGGUAGAAACAGUCAACAAAGAUACUCACAGCCUGGAGGAGGAGGCAGCCAAUGUCUCCACAGCAACCAGGAUGGUCAAGGCCAUGUACUCCAAAAUCCCUGGAAAUCCUGAAGAAUCUAAACGACGGCGCCUCUUUGACAAGUUUUUGCCCUCUGUUUCCCUCUCUCCCUCCACUCAGCCGUUCAAAGACGACAUGGACCUGAAGCAGGAGAUCAGAAGCGAGAGCGACACGCGGGAGGAGUACGAGCUGAAGGAUCCAACCAACGGCUACUACAACGUCCGAGCCACCACCCAUGAGGAGGCGCGCCCCCAGACCCGCGUUGUCCACUACCAGGGAGAGUUUCGCUCUCAGAAUCCGAACAGCGGACCGUCUGGCGCCACUUCCAGUGGACCAUCGCCUUCCACCAGUGGUGCAGUCCCACCCAGUGGAGUGCCAGGCUCUAGGGCGGGCUGCUACGAUCCCCGCCCACCCUCCAGGAUGUCCCACGCCACCUACGCUCAUUUCAACACCUUCUCCAGGGCAGCACAGAGCCAGCAGGCACCUCCUAAUCCAGCUCUUCCAUCCCCAGGAGAUUAUCCCGGAGGAGACUGUGGCCUGCUGGAUAGCACAACACAACUCCCAUAUGAGAACUAUGGAUACCCCUCCCAGUACGCCAGCUACAGGAUGGGCUUCGCUCCCCCUAUAGAGGAAGGGCCAGCCUAUGAGAUGUAUCCAACAGGACAGGGUCCUGGCCCGGGUCCUGGACCCGGCCCCGGACCAGGACAGCAGAGUCCUGAAGUAGGGCUGGGAAAAUACGGAACCUCCACUCGUUUCUCGUACUCGUCCCCACCUUCUGACUAUUCCCAGAGACACACACAACGAAUGCAGACUCAUGUGUGAGAAACACAAGCUCACAGCGUCGGACCUGCUGUUGGAUCAUCAGUGACGUCACACACACUCAUCCUGUACAGAUCACAACAUCAAACAACACCCCCCACCCCCCACCCCACUCCAAAAUCCAUUUUUCUUAUUCCAUCACUGCACAGAAACACGUUUGCUUUCUGGAUCGGUGACGUGUCCACACCAAGCUCUCUGAAGCGCUGCAUACAUAAAGAGUGAAAAGCAAUACAUACAAAUCAGCCUUCACACACCGGCUUCUACUCUGGCAUUGAUCCCAAAAGCGAGAGCCACAAUAAGGGCAGAAAAGAGCUAUCCGAAAUCACGAAGAGGAGAAUCUGGUUGCACCCUCAUCUUUCUUUUCCAUUAUUUUGUCUCCAGGCUCAUUUCUGUAAAUAAUAUAGAAAAUUGGGUAAUUUUUUGACUAUAUUUCUUGUACAAAGAUCUAUACUGAAAAGCAGUUCAGCAGCAAACCUCUGGAAGACGUACUUUUUCCUGACUUGUUGCUAAAUGCAUCCGCAGACAUGCAAACAGCAAAGGGGCAGCUUGAACUACAAACACGACUGGCACUUUCUGACCCCCCCACCCCCCCACC